GGGUUUAGAAAGCCGGUACUUGGUCAUCCGGCUGGCGUGAUCCGUACAAGUACGUACGCACUAGAGCACGGCCGGGGUAACUUCUCAAGAUAAUACCAAAAGCAGGCCUGCCGGGGGUUUCUUUCGCAAAACCUAGCAAGCCAGGUCCCCCAUCGAGACGUGUCUGGGUUUUCUACUUUUUUUUUGGCAGGCCCUUGCCCAUUCUCAAAGAAGGCGGUACAACAACCACAAUUUCCCAUGUGGGAACCAGGUAGAGAAAGAGCCUCGUGAGUGUACAAUAUCACACCUGAGGCUUAAUUUGGGCCUCAUACCCAGAUACUCGCACCAUCAUGGACGACUAUAACGGUCACGACGACGAUGUCGACGACGGAGAGAUGCACGACGCGAGCGCCGUGCCGGAGCAGGGCCAGGCUCGGAGAGCGUGUGACCUGUGCCGGUUGAGAAAGGUCGCCUGUGAUCGCGAGGAGCCGUGCUCGACCUGCAUCCGGGGGUCGGCCCAGUGCACGUACACGGUACACCAGGCGUUUCGUCCCAAGAGACAGAGGGUCCUCAUCUCUGCGCAGUACGAGAAGAAGAUCGACCGGAUCGAGGACCGCCUGAACCAGGUCAUCGAUCUGCUGCAGGGUCUAACGACCGUCUCGGCCGGCCCGGAGCCCACGACGGCGCAGCAGGACGUCCUGGUGGUCGAGAGGCCCCGUGCCACAGUACAACAGCGAAAGUCGGCUGCCUCGCUGAAGGAUGGGCCGAAACCAGGACAGAGCUGGUUUGAGCAGCAGCAGCAGCAGCGCGAAUCGACAUCAUCGCAGCCAUCCCAUAAUGAGCCACGAAAACCCACGGAGCACGCAACGACAAAGCCACCAGUCUCGACCACACCAACAACCAGCUCUGGAUACGGUGCCAGGUCCGCCUCCCGAGGCGCAACAGCGGCCGCCGACAGCCCGGGGGAGCCGCCGGACCCAACAUUCGAGGGCGAGUCGUCCCUGUCAGCACAGGCCGGGUUCGCGAGCCGGUUCAUCGAGGAGGCGGUGUCGAGUACGCCCGACAAGGCGUUUGGAGGCGAAAUUGACGAGACGCUGAGCGCACUGCGCCAGCUAGUCGGCGCGCAGGCGCAGUCUUCCUUUGGAACCGCCGAUUACCCCAACGCGCGGCCCAGCAGCGGCAGCAGCAGCAGGAAGGACCGGCCCAUGCCGUCGGUCCAGCUGGUCAUGUCCUGUCUGUCCAUUGCACGACAUCGUGUCGAUGUCCAAGCAUUCUGGAUGUCGGGCUUCAUGACCUUUGAGAUGUUCAUGCAGACCACCGUCGAGGUCUACUUCGCCCCCAGCGUGACUGACGCCCAGUAUCUCAUUGUCAAUAUCGGUGUGUACUGGCUCUUCAUGUCGCUCAUAGCGCUGUCGCACGACGAGCCCUGGCCCGGCAUCUCCGAGGACGAGCUCGACGAGGCCUCCGUGCUCUGCCGCGAAAACACCGAGACCUGCCUGGCGGCCCUGCCGUAUCACUUGCCGAAUACUCUGGACUAUGUCAAUGCCCUUAGCUUCGCGGGCGGCUACGCCCUUGAAAUGUCAAAGGCAUCUCUGGCCUGGUCACUGCUCACCAGCGCCAUACACAUCUGCCAGAACCUAGGCUUCCACCGUGCCAGCGUUCUCGAAAAGGACAAGCCGGCGGUUAGGGAUCAGAAGUACCGCCUCUUCUGGGGCCUUUACGUACUCGAAAAGAGCCUGGCCCUACGGCUAGGUCGUGCUUCGGUGUUGCAAGACUGUGAUAUCAGUCUGCCCAGACCAGAUAAGCGGGCAGACGGCAACGAGCUAUGGGACAAGGACGACCCGUGGGAUGUCUGCAUGGCGUAUUGCUGUGGGAUGGCUAACAUACAAGGCCGCAUCUACACACAACUGUUCAGCCCGGGAGCUCUCCUCGAGGAGGAUAGCGUGCGCGCUGUCCGCGCACAAGCAUUGGCAGACGAAAUUGCCCAGCUAUCUGGUUCCCAGCCGCAUGACCGCGUGCGUGAGGUUGUGCAGAGACACGUCUCGACAGAGGUGCUGGGCGAAAACGGGAAGUUCAACUUCCGCGACAGCCCUUUUGGCGCAGUCGAAGAGGCGAUUGCCUCGACAAACUUGUCGCUGGAGUACUUGCUCAAGUGUCUCCAAAUACAGCAGCUCUGCCUCCUGACCCUGGUGUACCGCGCCGUGCCCGUGCCCCAGGGGUCCCCGUCGGUGUUUACGCAGGAUUGCAUAGAUGUGGCUCGUCAAUCGCUCGCGCUGCAUCAAAAUAUCGUUGCGUCGAUCCCCGCAACCAAUACUAACCUGAUAGAUAUGUACUUCAGCUGGACGAUUCUUGCGGUCCCAUUCGCGCCUUUCAUCGUCAUCUUUUGCCACAUCAUCGAGUCCGCAACACGCAAUCACGGCACAUACCAGGAGGACCUUCAGCGGCUCGAGAACUUUACGAUCUCACUUGACCCGGGCGUUGGGCGGCUCUCGGGCGCGACGGGCCGCCUGCAGAAGCUCUGCCAGGUUCUGUACAACGUCGCCCGCAAGUAUGCGGACCUCAAGGCGAGCGCGGCGAUGAUGAGCCAGGAGCACCCCUCGCAGUCGCAACAACGCGAGUUCAACUCGUAUAUUCAUGCGCUGGGCUUGUUUGGCAACAUGCCCAUGACAAUGGAUCCGGGCGUUGGUGCUGGCGGUGGCGGGUUGCCGUCUGUGAGCGAUGCUGGCGCAGGUGGUCUGCAUAGUCAGUCUCUCCCGACAAUGCCUGGUCUGUCACAACAACAGCAACAGCACCAUCACGGACAUGCGGACAGUAUAUACGCAAUGCCAGCGCAAAUGCCGUCGCAUCAGCAUUUCCAGCAGGAGCAGGGCGCUAUGCUAGGGGAGUGGUUUUAUGGUGGGCAGCAGAUGCUCGGGCUCCUAGAACAGCCGACAUUCGACUUUGACGAGCUCUGAUCGACGUUGUUGUCUGCAUAGUCAGGGAGGGAAGCUUGUUGUCUUGAGACAAACUCGACUUCAACCAUUGUACAACAUCGUUAUCAUCGAAGACGCCAAUGCGCUUCGCUGAACCAGAAUUGACAAAAUAUCCACUCACGACACCUUGGUGAUGAUGGGCAAAUCUCAUCACUCCAUGUAUCAGGUUAUUAGUCCCGUAAGUGGCAGAGAGAGAGAGAGAGAGAGAGAGGAUAGGCACGGCUCGUUCUGCGCAGAUUGGCGACCAAAGAAGCAACCAAGUUGGUAAACGAC